GCGCUCAAGGCGGCGAUCAACGCGAACGUCGAAGCCGCCGACGGCUCCGAGGCGCUGCGGGCUGCGCGGCGGCUGCGCGAUGAUCUGGCGGAGCGCAAGGCCCGCGAGGCCAAGGCCCUGAAGCGGCAGCGGCAGAAGGAGGCGCGCAAGGUGGGCGAGGGCGGCUUCGGGCGCGUCUACCGCUGCGACGCGCUGCCGUCGCUUCCUCGCGUCGCUUGCGGGUUCGCCGUCAAGACGGCGCUGGUCGGUGUCGGCGCCAAAGGCCUCGCCGAGCUGCAGAGCGAGGUGCGCACGCUCAGCGCGGCGUGCCACCCGUCCCUGCUCCCUCUGCUCGGCGUCUGCUUGGCACCGGCGAGAGCUUGCCUCGUCUACCCCCUCUGCCGCGGCGGCAGCCUCGAGGACCGCAUCUACCGCACUCCAGCUGCACUGCAGCGGCUCCGCAUGCUCGGCUUCGAGACGCCGCCUCCGCUGCUCUCCUCCGCCGCACGGCUCCGCGUCUUGCGCGACGCGGCGAGCGCGCUGCACUACCUGCACACGCUCUCGCCCAUGAUCCUGCACCGCGACGUCUCGGCGGGCAACAUCCUGCUCGACGAGCGCGGCAAUGGAUUCCUCGCCGACGUGGGCCUCGCGCGCGCGGCGGAGGCGACGGCCGGGCAGGUCUCGCACUUGUCGACGCAGCGGAUCUUUGGCAAGCCUGGCUACAUCGACCCGAUCGUCCUCAACGACGGUCAGGCUUCGCAGCUCACCGACGGCUUUGCGCUCGGCAUCACGUUGCUCGUCAGCCUGACCGGCCGCGGCGCUCUCGGCUUGCUCAACGCGUGCGACGGCGCGCUGGAGGAGCCCGACACGGCGGAGGCCAUUGCGGCGGCCGACGCGGGCUGGUCGGCGGCGCAGGCCGAGGAGCUGGUGCGGCUAGUGGUCGGGCUGGCGUACGAGCGGAAGCGGAAGCGGAUGCCGCUCGCGGAAGCACUGCUGCGGCUGGAGGCGCUGGUGGAGGCGGACGUCGCGACGGCGACAUCGCCACCGCACGUCGCAGGGGUGGCGGUAGCCGAGGCGGGCGGGAACGCUCGCCAGUGCGACUUGUGCUGGUCAGCGCCGCGCUCGGUGCGCUUCGCUUGCGGCCACGCGCUGUACUGCGAGACAUGCGCGCCGCGCGUGAUGGAGCGCGACACCAACUGCCCGGCCUGCCGCCAGCCGGCGCUUCCCAUCGCCGCAGUCGGAGCGCAUGUUGCGGCGCAGACCACGGCCAACCGCAGCCCGUAG